GGAGGAAGUCAUUCGGUGCAUUCCCGACGUCCAGCAUGGGUCUACUUCCACUCGUCUUUGCCUUCGUCGCAGUCGCAGCCGAGGCCAGAAGGCCGGGUGUGUUGAGAGUCCAGAAGUGGUUGCCAACUGUAGAACCACAAAACAUGACCCUAGACGAGACGGAGGACGUGCUUGCACUGACAUGUACCGUGGGCUAUACCAACUUCGCCGCCAUCUUCUGGACGAUCUAUGACCGUGACCUGCGCGAUCUGUCUCACAUAGAAGAAACAACUACCAUGCUGGACGACAACCAGACAUACGCAAAGGUUUCCGUCAUCAGGAUCGGAGGAUGGACGGUGCUGCCUAGUCGGGAUAAUGUGUACCCGUUUAAGUGUAACUCGUUCGCCGAUUUCAAGGUGGCAUCGACUACAACGUACAUCCACACAGCCUUGACUGACUACUGUGGUCCGGAGAAGCCAGGCAAAUGCGAAGCCCGAGGUGGUCGAUGCGUGGACAAGCACUGCACCUGCGCUGACGACCGACACCCAUUACGGCUGAAUUCCCUGCACACUGUCUGCUGGCCCGAGGCUAAGCUCGGAUCUCGGUGCUAUUUCAACGAGCAGUGUUCCACCCCGAAGAGCGAAUGUGUCGUGUCCAUGGGCUGGUGCGCCUGUGCGCCCGGUUUCGCCAGAUCGGGGCUUUCGCCAGAACGUUGUGAGCCCCGUCUUGGUGGUGGCUUGCGCUCUCGAUGUUCGCAGCAUGCGGACUGUUCACCGUACAACGCUAUAUGCACGUACAACCACUGCGAGUGUUUGCCCGGAACUAGGGCUCUGACGCACGACGCAGCGUCCUGUGUGAACGUCACAAUGAACCCUGCACCCAGAAUGGCACUCCAAGAAAUGGAACCCUUGCAAAGCGUGGACGAGCCUGAGACGCUCAAGUUCGGACAGGCACAUAAGCACAUCAGAGAUGCUCCUAUAUUCGACCAAUAAACGAAACAUUUUAUCGCCUAA